CGUAGAACCGGGGGUGGAGUGGCUGAGGCGGUGAAGGUUUUCUCGUUAAGUUGACCGGGGAAAGUGGAGUGGCUGAGGCGGUGGAGGUUUUCUCGUUAAGUUGACCGGGGAACGAUGCUUUUCCUCCGCAUCGCUCCGGGUGUUUGUAGGCAGGUCGGCGCGGUGACGGCUCCGAGAAGCAGAGCGCUCUCCCUACAGUUGAGGAAACUGUCAACGCUGACCGGGACCAGUUCGCUCUCGCUGACCGCUCUGCAGCCUGCACAUCGGCUUCAAGCCACAAGCUUCAGCUUCUGGACGGAUGGAGUGAGGUGGAGUAAGAACAUCCACGUGACGUCAGUGCUGCAGGACAAGUCCUCCCUGGUGCAGAUCAGUGAGCUGUCAGAAGCAGCAUAUGAGAAGUUGGCCGACGAGACUCUGGACUCUUUAGCUGAGUACUUUGAAGAUCUGAUGGAUGAAGCUUUCACUGGGGCAGACUAUGAUGUCGUCUUCACUAGCGGUGUGCUGACGGUGAAAGUGAGCGGGGACCAUGGCACCUACGUCAUCAACAAACAGACACCAAACAAACAGCUCUGGCUUUCUUCUCCCACCAGUGGACCAAAACGCUAUGACUGGACAGGUGAACACUGGGUCUACUCUCACGAUGGCGUCAGCCUGCACCAACUGCUGUCUGAAGAGUUCUCAGCAAUCUACAGUAGAAACAUCAGCCUGAAGGAUCUGCCUUAUUCCUGAAUCCAGACAGCUGUGGACAACCUGCUCACACUGUUUAAUAAUGGAAGGAAAGGGAAAGACCCCUUCAAUCUCACCUCUGCAGAAAUACAUGUUUUACCAUUUUAUUACAUAGAAUAUUUAAGAUGUUCUGUAUUGUUGUUUCUGCUUUUCACCAUUGCUUCUUUUGAUUCAUUGUGUGUCAUAUGAACUCUGCAAGAAAAUCGGUGUUAAAGGAAUACUCCAAAGAUUUUGGACCCACGCCCUAUCCCGUUCAUUUACAAAGUGAGAUAAGCUCAUAAAUACCUUUAUUGUGUCCGUUCGUCCAGCCGCGGGCUCCCAGCUGUUAG